UAGAAAAAUUACAUGAUUUCCCGUACGGUGGGAGGCUCAUCAAGCACCAAAUUAUACCCUGCCGACUCUCUGCUUUCAGCCGUUUUUCGCAUAUCGGUCCAUCAGAACUGAUCAUAAAUCAAAUAAUUUUGCGACAUCGACAGCAGUUUGGCCCGGUCGUACCUCCGCUUGCGCCUCCUCCGCUGCCAGGAGCUACGUACUGAGUGCGUAUCUCAUAAACAAGCCACAAGGGCAGGAUAUUCCCUUCAAAGCGGCGCAAGUUGGAGGGCUCGAGCGCGCCGCCAUCAACGAG